GGAAAAGAGUAGUUCUUUGACAUUCCAUAAAAUAUUUUUCAGUCAAGCUAAAUAAUUUUUGUGUAUUUCUCUAAAAUGUCGAAAAAAGAUGCAGGUUCAGAUGAUCUCUUUGAGAUCCGUAAUGCUUUCUACAUCGGAAAUUAUCAACAAUGUAUAAAUGGAGCAUCAACUCUUCGCGGAAAGUCAUUGGAAAAGGAUUUGCUUGUUUAUCGAUCGUAUAUAGCUCAGAAACGUUAUCGCAUUGUUUUAGAUGAAAUCAGCUCCGGCGAUGCCACGUCAUUGCAAGCUGUUCGUAAAUUAGCCGAGUAUUUUGCUGAACCAAGCAAACGAGAAACAAUCGUGCAAUUCUUCGAUGAUAAACUUGCGGCGCCCGUAAACGAUUUGGAGGAUAUUUGGGUAAUUGCUGCGGCAACUGUUUACUACAACGAAGAAAAUUACGAGUCAGCAUUGAAGAUUUUGCACACUGCUGACAAUUUGGAAUGCAAAGCUCUUCAGAUUCAAACGUUAUUGAAGAUAAAUCGCCCGGAUGUUGCGAAAAAAGUUUAUCAACAAAUGCAGCAAAAAGACGACGAUGCAACGUUAACGCAAUUAGCUCAUGCAUGGCUUAGCAUCGAAAUGGGAGGCGAUAAACUGCAAGAUGCAUAUUACAUUUUUCAAGAUUUUGUCGAUAAAUUUUCGCCGAGCAUUCAAUUGUUGAACAGUCAAGCAGUUUGCAAUAUUGGUCAACACAAGUACGAAGAAGCUGAUGGAUUGUUGCGUGAUGCUCUCGAACGAAAUUCCACAAAUUACGAUACGCUCGUAAACUUGAUUACAGCUUCGCAGCAUUUGGAAAAGGGAGAUAACGUCAAUAGGAAUUUGUCAAAUUUGAAAGAUGCACAUCCCGAUAGCCCAAUGAUUGCAGAUUACAUGAAGAAGGAAGCUGAAUUCGAGAGAUUCUGUUCGCAAUAUCAACCAACUAACACGAGACCAAUUGUCUUUUCUUAAUUUUUUUUUUCAAUACUUCUUAAAAAUUAUGAAUUUCAAAUACAUGUAUCUUCUAAUCAAUUCAGUUUUUAAAUGGAAUUUUAACUUUUAUUCAAAAUUUGAAAAAAAAAUGUAUAAAAGUUGGCUUAAGUUAAGUAUAUUGCAUUCGU